AGGCUGUUAGUACUAUUGAAUCUAAGAUGCCCUUCAGCAGAGACGAUCGAGUUGGAUAUUUGACCUUCUGUCCAACCAAUCUUGGUACCACAAUCAGAGCCAGUGUUCACAUCGCUUUACCCAAACUUGCCGCUGAUAAGAAAAAGCUUGACGAAGUCGCUGCUAAAUACAGUUUACAAGUUCGAGGUACUCGAGGUGAACACACCGAAUCUGAAGGUGGUGUUUACGAUAUCUCCAACAAGAGACGAUUAGGACUUACCGAGUACCAGGCCGUCAAGGAAAUGCAAGAUGGUAUUCUUGAGUUGAUCAAGAUUGAGGAAUCAAUGUAAUCCAGUUAUUAAUCAACAAUUAACACCACCGAAAACCACCACCACCACCACAACAACAACAACAACAAACACCAACAUCAUCCACUAGAUAAUUGUAAUUAAUUGUCUCAAUGGAUUGAUAUUAAUAUUAUAACAUCUACUUCCGCUUAUUUCGUUCAAGGCAAAUCUAAACCUGAAAAAAAAGUUAAUUAUGUGCAGUUAUGUUUAGAUGAUUACAAUUAACUAGUCAGUAUAUUUAUUGGAAAUUAAUAGCCAAUGAUACAAAGAUGAUCACAGCUCAUGACAUUUUCUCUCUCACUCUAAUUACUCUUCUCUCUCUCUAAUUGUAAUUACUCAAAUUAUAUAAUUAAGAGAAAAUGGGAGUUAUUAAUUGCCUUCUUAAUCAUCAAGCUAAUUAUUUUGCUUCUUAAAUCACUUUCUCAAUAACAAUACAUCAACCAUAAUAAUAAUCACACAGAAUCGUCUAAAUCACUACAACAACAACAACAACAAUCUAAUCAACUCAGUGGUUUCAACAAUUAAAAAGCUUCAAAAUGAUUUCACUCUUACCUUGAUUUCUGGUUAAAUUAUCAACUAAUUGUUUGUCAGCUCAUUUGUUAAUUGUCCACAAUCAAAGGGAUAAAAUCAAUCAUCAUGUAUACAUAAUUUACCAAAGAUUAUUGUUCCUUGUUAAUCACCAUAAUUGUUAGAAAACAAAAUUUUCGUUCUUAAUUGUUGAUGUUAUUUAAUUUGUUUGUUUUUCCUUCUUUACUUUUUCGUUGACUUUAAAUUAACAAUUAACUAUUAUUUUAAGACCACUUUGGAUGUUGCCUGUUGAUUAUGAGAAACAAAAUAAAUUCAAUUCAAUACAAUUAAAUUAAAUCAACCAAAUCAAAUAAAAUAAAAUCUUACCUUUAA